AACCUGUAGCCUACAGCCAAGUAACAGGAGGAAAGCAUGGCAAACUCCCUCGGACUCUUCUUUGCCCUUCUUCUUCUUUGCAUCGUUCACAGAGGCCUGGGAGCAACGUGCGGUGUGUCCGACAUAGCCAUUCGACAGAGGAAGACCGGAGCGACCGUGGAAGGGAAACCGGAGUACCAGGUUUUGGUGAGCAACGAGUGCAGGUGCCCGCAGUCCAAGGUGGUGCUGCGGUGCUACGGCCUCAGCAGCGUCGAAGCCGUCAACCGCCGCGCCAUCAGAGCGGUGGACGAGGAGAGGUGCAUCGUCGCCGACGGGCGGCCGGUAACCCAGGGUACUCCUGUAAAGUUCAAGUACGCAUGGAUGACGCCUCAAGACUUCCCUGUGGUCAGCACUCUCAUCCACUGCCACUAAGGGCUGGAACGAGGUUUUCUAGCUUCCGUCUCUUUCUGAUCAUGGGAAGAAUGAUCUCCUUUUCCUAUCGAGUUGGAUGUCCAACGUAGUUAAAUCCAAGAAUAAAACAUCGUCUCUCUAUAGCUACAGGAAGCUUAAA